AUGAAGCGGCAGCAGGGCGACAUCGGAGAGCCCCUGAGUUCCAGUCCGAAUUCUUCAGGUGAUGCUCCAAUCACUUCCCGAGCGCCAACCCCUACGUUGCCGCAAAAACGCCUCUCCUCAUCGUCUCCCAAGAAAGAGGCCUUCGACCUUCGACGUGCCAUCGUGACCUGGUCCAGCAAACAGAUCAACCGCGCACAGCCGUGGAAGCAUUUCGCGGAUGCCGCGAAAUUUUCCAUUCCGAGAUCGGCCCAGGAGGUCGCCGACCGGAUCCAAUGGAACGUGGGCCGCUUCAGCAGCAACUACGGCGUUCUUUUCGUCGUCAUCCUGGCGGGCUACGUCAUGUCCAGCGUGGAACUCGUGGUGAGCGUCGUGGCUGUGGCUGCAGUGUGCGCCGCGUUCAAGCUGCAUCAGGACGACGAGUCUGCGGCCUUGUGGGGCACGAGGCUGAUGCUCAGCAAGAACCACAGGCUGGUCGCGGCCGCAUUGGUGGCGUUGCCUCUUCUCCACGCCGCAGACAUCUGGUCCGCUGUCCUGUGGUCUGUUGGUGCAAUCCUGGCGAUCGGCGCUGUCCAUGCCACUCUGUAUGCAGGACUUGCCUCCCCAAACAAGUUCGCCAGAAAGCUGCCGGACACUCCCGAGGAAGGUGAUAUCUUGGGCCACCUUUGA